CAAUCUCUCACCUACUUUAUCAUUAAGAAUUCGCCAUUUUUCCCCCUCACAUUUUUAAGAAAAAUCUGAGAUCUCUGAAAUUUCCCCAUCCCCAUCCUCUUCCUCGAUACCUCCGCCACCAAACCCCGAUCUAUAAAACUCUCCCACCCUUCCUUCAAUGCGCUCCUCCGCGAUCUCCGAUGGCAUCCAACGGUGCUGCAACAACACUAACCGGCAAUCUCCGGCAUAGAAUAGAUAGCCGCAACGGAAACGGUAUAGGAAACGGAAACGGAAAGGACGGAGGGAAGAUGACGAACAAGGAUUUCCACAGCGGCGAUGGCGGCGGACACUAUUAUAAAGGGUUCCGGAAGGCGUCGUGUAUGAGAUGGACGGUGGAAGAUGUGGCACACGUGGCGAGGUAUCACUGGAUACCGUGCGUUUUCGCUAUGGGUCUGUUGUUCUUUAUGGGCGUGGAGUACACUCUCCGGAUGGUUCCGCCGGCUUCUCCACCGUUCGAUUUGGGGUUUGCGCUCACGCGCCCGGUGCAUCGCGUGUUGUCCUCGUGGCCAGAGCUGAAUACGCUGCUAGCGGCUCUGAACACGGUGUUUGUGGGAAUGCAAACAACAUAUAUAUUAUGGAGUUGGCUAAUCGAAGGCCGACCAAGGGCCACCAUUUCGGCCUUGUUCAUGUUCACUUGCCGUGGCAUUCUCGGCUAUUCCACCCAACUUCCACUCCCUCAGGGAUUUCUCGGGUCGGAGAUGGAUUUUCCAGUGGGAAACGUAUCGUUCUUCUUGUUCUUCUCCGGUCACGUGGCGGGAUCGGUGAUAGCAUCGCUCGACAUGCGGCGGAUGCGACGGUGGGGGAUGGCUUGGAUGUUCGACUUCCUCAACCUCCUCCAAGCGAUUAGAUUGUUGGGUACUCGAGGUCACUAUACGAUUGACUUGGCGGUGGGCGUGGGAGCCGGGAUUCUUUUCGACUCGCUUGCGGGGCAUUAUUAUGAAGCCAGCCAGAGGAAGAACAUUGAGGACACUAAGUUAGCUAAAACCUUUGCAUAAUUGGUUGUGUUCACCCCAAACCACAGAUUAUUAGGAGAGAAGACCCGAUUGGAGGACAAUUUUAAUUAGUAUGUUGGACUUUAUUUUUAUCUACAAUUCAUGGUUAAUGCUUUUUAUUUUAUUAA